CUCUGACUGCUAUUGGAUGAGCUCUGCGGGAGGGGGUGUGUUCAGGCUCACAGUAUAGUGCUUGUUAUGAGCGCCUUCUGCCAUCCCCUUCCACAAACCUCAAUAACAACAGUAUUGCAGCCUCUGAGGCUGGGAGUGUGUGUGUGUGUGUGUGUGUGUAGGGGAGUAAGGAGUGCCUCUACCGCCGUUGCAGCUGGUUGCGACUUCCUCCCUGUGCUGGAUUUCCUUGAAGGUCUGCCUCAUCACCUCUGCAGUGCCUAGGAAAAAACAGGGCCCCCCCCAGAGACUGAGGUUGAAGUUCAAAGAAAGGAAGGGAGGGUUGCAUGUUUUUGGUAGACGGGAGGGAGCAGCAUUCACAGCACAUGCUAGGUUUCCAGUGUUUACAACUGAUUCCACCCAUGAUAUUGUAAAAACAGAAAUAAUGGACAAGAAAAAUGCAAAUGGCUUUCCUUCCAAGGCCAAAGAUAGUGGAGUACAGCGUAAACAGCUGCCAUAUUCUGUAGAGACCCCCUAUGGGUUUCACUUGGAUCUGGACUUCCUGAAGUAUGUAGAUGACAUAGAGAAAGGUAACACAAUCAAGAGGGUGCACAUCCAACGCAAGAACAGGGGCCCAAAGUACAGCACACUGCCACGCAACUUCAGCCUUCCUGGGCAUGGAGCUCGACCUCUAGCCAAAGACACAUGGGCCAAUACUUCCACAUUAGGGUCCAAACCCAAGUCACGUGUUACUGAAGUCCAGCAGCUUUUUGAGUUCCGAGCCAGCGAUGCCACUAGUGGUAGCAGUAGCACCGGUGGAAGCUCCCCUGUCAGCCAGUCAAAGAUACCUGUGAGUUCUUACCUCCCCUCAGCAAAGGCUGCAGAAGUAUCUCAAGUACAGACCUCAUCUGAUAACGAACAGCCCAUGGGUCUUAAUGUUAGGCCUCACCUUUUAAGAGCCUCCAGUAUGCCUAUUAAUGUUCCACGUAGGAAAGGUUCAGAUUCCACUGAUGAGCAGAGUUCCCAAUCGCAGAAUGGCUCAGCUGAGAGGCUUUUUCGACCAGCGGAUGGAGGUGACAGGAGAGGCAGUGUUCCCCAGGACAGGGCCAGCUUGCAUCAACAGAUCACAGCUGCACUGAAGAGGGUGCGGGAGUUAGAAGAGCAAGUCAGGACCAUCCCUGAGUUGAGGGCUCAAAUAUGCUCUCUUAGAACGGAGAGGGAAGAACUGCUUCAAAGAAUUCAAGAACACAAAUCCGAGCAAAAGAGUGAGGUUCCUCAAACUGGUGCACAAGACAGUGCUGUUCCUCCAGCUGUAAGUGAAAAGAAAGAUACUCCUUCCAUUUACACGGAUACUGCAGCUGAUCCUGAAAUGGUUCAAGCAGUACAGUCCAACAAAACCACAGAACAACAGGAACAACAUUUUGUGGUGCAGGUUAUUGUAGAGCAGGGUUCUAAAAAAGUAACUGAUACAGAGUCAGAGAAGCAACAAGUGCCAGCUCCAGUGUCUGUCCCAGUAAUACUCAUAGACAAAGCAGAAACUCCAACUGAUCCAGAUGAAGCAGAUGGACUUUUGCAGGAGUCUGCACUUCAAGAAGAAGCAUCAAAGAGUCUUUCAGAGCAAGCAGAAAAGCAGUAUAGAUCUCCAGAGACGUUGUUGGAAGAUAAACAGUCUACACAGUCACAAGGGAUUUUAAAAUCAGAGGAAUCUGUUGCUGCAUCUGAAUGUACAUCCACUAAAGAAGACACUGCGAUGGUUGAGGGACCAAGUGUAAUUACAACUGAAGAAAUUACAAUAGCCCAACCUACUGAACAGAAAUUUCUCACUAACCUGGAGCUGGAAGCAAAAUUGAAAACUUUGGAAGAGAGUCUAAGCAAGGCCAAUUACGAACUGGAAAAGACAAAUGCCUUACUGAGAGAACAGAUGGACGAGAAUCAACGAAAGGAUCAGAGAAUACAGGAACUGACUGAUCAAGUGAAGGAGCAGAAAGUUCAAGGUCCUAUCGAGACAGAGCCACUAUCUGAACCAGUUGUCACAUGUGAUGUAUCAGUCAGUACAGACAACAAAAGUGUAGUGGAGAAAGGAAUCGCAACAGAACCUCAACCAGCUGAGGGUCCCAAAGAAACAGACUUUAAAUGCUCAAGCACUCAGACAAAUAUAGUAGAAGCCCGAGACAUUGAAAUAUUAGCACAAGUCACUACAGCAGAGAAAAUUGUAGGGGUAGAGAUUCUCAUGUUUGACCAGGCAAUUGAGACUGAAGGCCAGGAUAAUCUAGAAGUUAACAGUGGUAAACAGGUCUCUGAAAUGCUAGAGAAGACAGAAUCUGACAAAGAACAAGAGGGUGAUAUCAAAGAUAGUGUGUCAAGUCGGAUUAUAGAUACCAAAGUCAGUGAAAUCGUUGUUGCAGAGAGUGACACUGAAGAAUAUGUCAUGGUAGAAUGUGCCAUGGUUGAGACUAUGGGCAGUGAAAAUGAAGUCCCUAAGCCCACAGUCCAAGAGACUGAAUCUAAGGAGUGUCCGGUUGUUGAAAGCACAGUGAAAGACAAAGCACGAGAAGGAAGAACUUUGGAUUUGCAAACACAGCAGGAACCAAGAGAAACACAAGGACAGGAACCUCAACUUCAGUCUCAAAGGGUAUCUGAAGCCACAGCUUCUCCUGCUGCAAUUGGUCAGGUUGUUAAUCGUAUACAAGGCCUUCUUAAUGAGCAGUGGGCAAGCCUGGGAAGUGGGGGACAAGAUGCAAAAGGAGAGAGCUCUCAGAAACCUCAUUCUUACAAAAUAAGCUCAAUUCAAAGCCACCUGAGAGGGUCCCUCAGUGCACUGUCUGCCUUUUACUCACCUGUUCAGAAAGGAGGAACUGCACGACAAUCAGGCCUCAAAUCCAUCAUGAAGAAGAACGGUUGUCCUGACAAACAGGGCAACGGAGGAGCCAAGAAGAACUUGAAGUUUGUUGGCGUAAAUGGAGGCUAUGAGACCACCUCCAGUGAGGACUCCAGUGGGGAGGAGGAUCAGGACAAGGUUGUGGAGGUGGAUAGCUCGGAGCCUGAGUUGGAGCAGGGAGAGGAGAGUGGAACGGCCCAGGAGGAGGCUGCUGCUGCUGGGGAGCAAGGUGAUGGGGUUCAGGCGGAGCGGGCAGAGGGCUUUAAGGAGCCUGAUGCUGCUCAGUCCGCCAUGAGUCCCCAGGAGGAGCAGCCUGUCAGUGAGUUAGUUGAUAAGAACUUCAUGGCUGCUUGUCAUUUCCUGAAAGAUCGCAUGGCUGAGGUUGCUUCUCCAAAUAAAGACAUGAGGCAGGUUCUGAUGCUGUUAUAUCAGGAGUGGUUUCGCGUGUCCAGUCAGAAGGACUCUCAGGCAGAGACGGUCACGCUGUACCUGAGGGAGGUGGGCUACCACACUCCCACUCUGCUGCGCUAUAUAGUAAACCUGGCUGAUGGUAAUGGAAACAUGGCACUGCACUACAGUGUGUCCCAUUCCAACUUCACUGUGGUCAAGCUGUUACUAGACACAGGACUGUGUGAGGUGGAUUACCAGAACAAGGCUGGCUACACUGCUAUAAUGUUGGCAGCUCUUACUGCGGCAGAGAGCCCUGAGGACAUGGAGGUGGCUCAGCAGCUACUGAGAAUGGGCAAAAUCAAUGCUCGAGCCAGCCAGUCAGGGCAGACAGCACUGAUGCUUGCCGUUAGUCAUGGCCGGACGAUGAUGGUCCAGGUUCUUCUGGACUGUGGUGCUAAUGUGAACAUACAGGACCAGGAUGGAUCCACUGCUCUGAUGUGUGCCUGUGAGCAUGGUCAUACUGAGAUAGCCAAAAUACUGCUGGACAGACCAGAGUGUGACAUAUCACUCACGGAUAAGGAUGGACACACAGCUCUGUCAGUCGCCAUGAAAGCUUCCCACUCAGACAUUGUUAAACUUCUGAAAGUCUCCGAUGAUCCAGCCAUGGACACAGAUCCUACAGCUCCGCUCUGAGUUGAAAAGCCUUGUCUUCAUGUCCAACUGGUUCUGCCAGAUUCAUCUUUCUACUGCCUGAACCUGACUUGCUGACCAGGCCAGCAGUCACCAAUAGAGACAGCACUUACCAGUAAUACACAGAUUCUCUGUUUGAGAAAUGGCCAAUGAGAAAUGUACUUCUGUACGCCAAUCAAAGAUGCCAUGGAGGAUGGGCUUCCCUAAACUUCCCAGAAGGUCCCCAUUUGCCCUGAAGCACAGCUACUGUAACUAUUUAGCAGGCAUGGUAUAUUGUUACAUGUUUUGGCCUUCUAUUUUCAGGUAAUGUGACUAUAUUUUUGUUAGGCGACCAAGCGUAUUCUACGAAUGUUAUAAAAGAAGUGAUCAGAUACUCACUAUAUUUAUUUUUUAUUGCACUUUUCUGUAAUAUUUCUCCCGGGAUGUAUCCAAGGUCUGUCUUAUAACCUGAUGUGUCUUCCUGUAUGAGGGUUUCUGGGUCAGGCUCAGUACCAAACCAUUCCUUGCCUUUGCAGGUGGAACAAGGAAUGGAGUUUUACAGUCACACGAUUGUGUUGCCAGUAUGUCUCCCAUCUUUAAUCCAAAACAAUGAACCAAGCACUGAAAAAAAAAAUAGAAAAAAAAAACUUGAAUGCUUAUUUGCAGUAGAAGCUUGUUUUAAUUAUUUUAAAAGAAUAGUUUAACCAAAAAUGAAAAUUUGCUGAAAAUCUGCUCACCUUCAGGCCAUCCAAGAUGUAGAUUAGUUUGUUUCUUCAUUGAUUUGCAGAAAUUUAGCAUGCCAUCACUUGCUCACCUCACCUGCAGUGAAUGGGUGCCAUCAAAAUGAGAAUCCAAACAGCUGAUGAAAGCAUCACAGUAAUGCACAAGUAAUCCACAUGACUCCAGACCAUCAAUUAACUGUUGGGCAAAAAUGUGUGUUUGUAAUAAAGAAAUCCAUCAUUAUUUUUUUUUUUAGCUUCAAAUUAGUGAAAACGUUUCAUCUGAAUCAGGAGAGAAAUAUGCAAAUUGUUUACAAGUAACAACUUGUACCAAUAUGUUGGUGGAUUUUGAUGUCAGAGGACAACAUACGAUAGACUUUUUCCACUUGAGGAAGCAUUAUUGUGGAUUAUGGACUUGUAUUUUGGCCAGAAGCAAUGUUUUAAAGUUAAAAUGCCUUGAUGGAUUUGUUUCAUGCAGCUUUUUGCUUAACUAGAUGUUAAUUGAUGGAUUGAAGUCAUGCAGAUAACUUGUGAAUUAUUGUGAUGUUUUUAUCAGCUGUUUGGACUCUCAAUCUGAUGGCACCCAUUCACUGCAGAAGAUGCUUUGGUGAGUAAGUAUAUAAUGCUAAAUUUCUCCAAAUCUGUUCAGAUUAAGAAACAAAUUCAUCUACAUCUUGGAUGGCCUGAGGAUAAGUACAUUUUCAACAAAUUCAAAUUUUUGGCUAAACUAUUCUUUUAAUUAUUAUUGGUAAAUACCAUAUAUCUGAAUGGUUUAAAAUCUUUUUCUGUCCUAUUGUUCUCUUUACUCAAUAAAAAGGGUGUGUGGAAUAUUUAAUAACAUAAUAGACAGAUUAUUAUAGCAAUUAGUUGUCCUUUGUAAUUUAUUCACUGUCAAAGUUUACCAUAUACUCUAACCUGCUGCAAUAUUGACUUCAUUACAACUUCUCAUCCUGCAAGUUGUGUUUUCAAGUUCCCCUGCAGACAGAAUUAAGCAGCACAUAAUAAUGGACUGGACUGUAGUUGCAUUAUCUGUACAUUGUGCCUGCUAAAAAUAAAGACUUCAACAGUUGUGAUGAAGAGAUAUGUUUAAUGACAAAUCAGUAACUCAGCUGGACAUAGUAUAAAUCUAUAUAUGUAUACUGUGUAACAGUAUCUUGUGGGAGGUGCUGUGAAUUAAUACCCUGAAAUGUAAUGACUAUUUAUUUCCAAUUCUAUAUUUUUGAGUAUAUACAAGUAUAUGCAUGGAUAAAAUAUUGACUUAAUAAAAACAUGCAUUUUGUA